UCGUUUAUAAUCCUUUGAAACUCCGUUGAAAAAAACUGUUAAGUGGUGAGUAAAUUAUCUGGAUAUUUCUUUUAAGAAAAUGGACUAUUCCUUUAAGUUACUGCACCUUUUUACCCUGGUUUUCGGUUAAAUAAAGUAUUCUAUCUUUGGAUGACCCAGUCUCGUUGUCCUAUGCAAACUUGUCUUUAACAAUGUCUGCCCUUCUCGAGACGGGAACUUUAUCUCUGCCCAGCUCUGCGCCCACAUUAACGUCCAAAAAGAGCGCAUUCCCCAUAGCCUAAAGGUUCAGUCCUUAACGGGCAAACCCGUUAAUUGAUCAUCUGUCCAACAUCGCACCAGUGAAAUCACGCUGACAGUGGGAGUCCUAAACCAGGAAAAAAUCUAAUUUGUGGUCCUGGAGAAUUAAACUGUUGAUGUGAUCCUAGGAAGACCCUGGCUUAUCAAACACCAUCGGGAGCUCUCUUGGGACACUGUUGAAGUAAAACGCCCGAUUUACGCAGUGCAUAUAACCUGAUACGGAUCCGCAAAGGAGAUGAGUGGAAAAUAGCUUUUGUGACCCCUACUGGCCUCUGGGAAUAUUUGGUCAUGCCGUAUGGAUUGGUCAACGCCCCCUCAGUCUUCCAGUCUUUGUGUGUCCAAUCCAAUAGAGUGAGAAGGAUACAAUCCCUGAAACUCAGAAUGUUCUGCUGAGUCCUAAAGGUAACAAGUAUGUUCCUUUACAUCAUUGUACACUAUUAUUCGCAAAGGCACAUAACUUUGCAGGCACUGGUCACAUCCAACAAACCAUCUCAGCCCUACAUGGCAGAGGACAUCAGAAUGUUUGUGAGCGGGUGCUGGGAUUGUGUCAUGUCCAAACACCUCAGCAUCUUACCAGUGUAAAAUUUCAUCCCUUACUAAUCCCUCAUCAUCCCUGGUUACAUCUAGGAGUGGACUUGGCUACAGACCUCCUGGCAUCACUGGGUAACACCUGUAUAUUAGUGGUGGUAGAUUGCUUUUCCAAAAUGAUAAGAUUCCCUUAAGGGACAGCCCACUGCAAUGGAAAGUGCAGAGUUACUGUUUCAACAUGUAUUUUCGCUAUUAUGGAAUACCUGAAGAUAAUGUGUCUAACAAGAGGUCCCCAGUUUAUUUCCAGUGUGGAAGGCGUUCAUUAAGCUCCUAGAUGUGACCAUCGGUCUCUUUCUCCAGUAACCAUCCGCAGACAAACGGCCAGACCAAACGUAAAUCCAGGAGAUCGGCCAUUUCCUCUUAACCCUCUGCCAGUUUCUCCCGUUGGGCUGAGUAUGCAUAGAAUUCGCUAAGCCAGCAAGCAACCGGGCUAACACCUUUUCAGUGCGUACUUGGCUACCAGCUGCCCAUGUUCCCCUGGACGGACGAACCAACAGAAGUCCCUUCAGCACUGGUUUCAGGAGAGUAAGAGGGUCUGGGACUCAGCUCACCCCACCUGCAGGUGGCUGUCAGGUGCCAGCAACACCAUUCAGAUGUUUGUCGUGCCCCGAAACCAGCCAUCAAGGUUGGGGACAAGGUAUGGCUUUCAACCCAGAACAUCCGCCUGCACCUACUUUGCAAGAAGCUGGGUCACAGGUUCAUUGGACCGUUUGUCGUCAGUGAAGGGGAUAAUCCUGUAGUGUUUGAACUCUAGCUGCCCACACACUACCAGAUCCAUGCAGUUUUUUCAUGUCUCCCAACUUAAGUUGUACCACUCACCUGUUUCUCCUUCUUCCCCCACAGAGCCUGGCGAAGAAGCCCCCCCAACCUCGGCGCCGGAGGUCUCAGCUGUCUACUCAGUCUUUGUAUCCCUGUCUUAGUUGCCUUCUGUACAUAACAAGCAGUGUACUUGCAUGUAUUUAAUUGUAUCUUAGUAAAUUCAAGUAUAAUCUCUUUACUAAGUUAACAUGUAGGGUACAAGAAAAAGUAUCUUCUUUAAUAAUGUUAAAUAAAUAAAAAACAUAGACAAACAAUUUAACAUACAAACAUUUUUGUGAUCUCUACAUUUACCCCAUGCUAGUGAGUAGUGAAAACAUGCAACCACAGAGAGAUGCCCGGAGCAGUGUGCAGCUAUCCAACUGCAGCGUCAUUCAGAAUGCGAACAGAAAGAACACAGCCAACACUCAUCAUUAAUUCACAAUGACGGACAAAUUCUUGGAUAUUUCAGGCACAUAAAUGACAAAGCUUAUGGGUGAAGUAGGUGCAACAAACUUCAAAUGUUACGUGCCUAGAAAUUACCGUUAAGAACAUAGUAGGCGGUGCGCAUCAAUAUCUAAAUUGCGACUCGAUUGGCCGUAAUUUGUAUGCAUAUGUUGAAAAUGAUCUGAACUGAAGCUUGUGUCAUAUAAACGCUAUGAUAGGAUUUAUCCAUGAGAAUGAUUUCAUUCCAAUGGAGGCAAAAGGUGUUAAUGUAAACAGACUUUUGGUGCUGCUUGAGUUGUUAAAAAUCACUCCUCAACUUGGCCAUUAUUGUUUUUUAAUGCGGAAAUGCGUUCAAGGAAAUGCAAUGCAAAAUUUUGACCUUAGGAGCUGGGUUCUAUCAGACUAAUCACAGCACUGGUCUUUAUAGCAUUGACCUGUUGUUACAAUUUCCGAGAGGUGCGUGUCAGGCUAGGCUAAAGGCUAUUGUGUUCACCCAAAAAUGAAAAUUGCAUCUUUGUGUCCCCCCAUAGGUCCCUCCAUUCAUAGUAUUUUCAACAGUAUUUUCCCUCCUGUCUUUAGCCUUGUGUGAGUUUCUGUAUAAGACUGACAUCUUGUGGGCUUGUUUAUUAUAUGACUGACACACCUGUUUGCACACGUUUCAUAAACACAACCAGGAAAUUCUUGAGUUCAGGGAAAUUGAAACUAAACUGAUUUCAGGCUGUUGUUGUUUUCGGCUUUCUGUCUGUUUGUACAUACGGUAAAAUGGCAGAAGCCAGUAUUUCAGUGGCUCAGGAUCAGUUCAUCUGUUCAAUCUGUCUGGAUCUACUGAAGAAUCCUGUGACCAUUCCCUGUGGACACAGUUACUGUAUGAGCUGUAUUACAGACUGCUGGGAUCAGGAUGAUCAGAAGAGAGACUACAGCUGCCCUCAGUGCAGACAGACCUUCACUACAAGACCUGUUUUAAAUAAGAAUGUGGUGUUUGCUCAGAUUGUGGAGAUACUGAAGAAGACAAGACUCCAGAUUGAUCAACCUUCUCCCAGUUAUGCUGGACCUGGAGAUGUGAAGUGUGACGUCUGUACUGAGAGAAAAUACAAAGCUGUCAAGUCCUGUUGGGUGUGUCUGAAUUCUUACUGUCAAAAUCAUCUUGAACAACAUGAAGAACUUUACUCAGGAAAGAGACACAAAGUGACAGAUGCCACUGGACGACUUCAGCAGAUGAUCUGCCCUCAACAUGAGAAACUUCUAGAGAUUUACUGUAAAACUGAUCAACUCUGUAUAUGUCUUCUGUGUAUGGUGGGAAAGCACAAAAAUCAUGAUACUAUAUCAGCUGAAGAAGAGAGAACUGAGAAACAGAAAGAACUGAAGGAGACGCAUAGAAAAUACCAGCAGAGAAUCCAGGAGAGCCAGAAGAAGCUUCAGGAGCUGAGAGAUGCUGUGGAGACUCAUAAGCGCUCUGCACAGACAGCAGUGGACGACACUCAGAGGAUCUUUACUCAACUGAUUCGAUCCAUUGAGAGAAGACGAUCUGAGGUGACACAGCUGAUCAGAGAUCAGGAAAAGACUGCAGUGAGUCGAGCUAAAGGACUCAUGAAGCGACUGGAGCAGGAGAUUGAUGAUCUGAGGAGGAGAGACGCUGAGCUGGAGCAGCUUUCACACACAGAUGAUCACAUCCAUUUCCUCCAGAGUUUCCGGUCUCUCUCUGUUCCUCCUGGAUCUACAGACUCACUCAACAUCACUGUCAGCUCUCUCACCUUUUUUGAUUAUGUAAAAAAAUCUGUGUCUCAUCUGAGAGAGAAACUGGAGGAUUUUUGUAGAGUAGAGAUAGAAAAGAUAUUUAAUAGAGUUACUUCUGAGCCCAAGACCAGGGAGCGGUUUCUAAAAUAUUAUCAUCAGAUCAAUCUGGAACAAAACACAGCACAUAAACGUCUCUGUCUGUAUGAAGAUAACAGAGUGAUUACUUUCACUGACACAGACCAGCCGUAUCCUGAUCAUCCAUACAGAUUUGAUGAUUAUGCUCAGGUGUUGUGUAGUGAGAUUGUGAGUGGACGCUUUUACUGGGAGGUUGAGUGGAGUGGUCAGGUGGGUAUAUCAGUGUCAUAUAAGAGCAUCAGCAGGAAGGGAGGUUAUGAGUGUGUGUUUGGACGUAAUGAUCAGUCCUGGAGUUUGUACUGCUCUGACUCCAGAUGUUCAUUCUAUCACAAUAGCAAUCAAACUAAACUCCCUGUAGUGUCCAGAUCUUCUAGAAUAGGAGUUUAUGUGGAUCACAGUUCAGGAUCUCUGUCCUUCUACAGCGUCUCUGACACAAUGACCCUCAUCCACAGAGUCAAGACCACAUUCACUCAACCUCUUUAUCCUGGGUUUUACGUUUGUCCUGGAUCAGUGAAACUGUGUGAUCUAACAAUAUAGAUGAUACAGAGAUUGUCAAAUUUGAAAUUGAUGAAUCAUACUAAUCCAUAGCUAUGAAGUGUCAAGCAUAAUAUUUCUAAUCACUUUAUUUUUAUUGAGUUUCCCACGGCAAGUUUUUAGAUUUUACAAGUUCAUAUUCCUGAACAUUAAUGUGUUAUUGUCAGCAUAAAUGUAUUAUUUAAAGGGGACAUUCCAGAAGACGUUUUUAAGAUAUUAAAUAAAUCGUUGAUGUCCUCAGAGUACAUAUGUGAAGUUUUAGCUCAAAAUACCAUAUAGGUAAUUUAUUGUGGCAUGUUAAAAUAAUUGACAAAAAAUGCACCGUUUUUGUGUAUCCCUUUACAUCCAAAUGAGCUGCUCAGGUGCAGUGUUGGGCAAGUUACUUCCAAAGCGUAAUACAUUAUAUAUUACAAAUUACUGUCCUUUGAAAGUAAUUAGUUACAUUACAAUAUUACAGACUCUGAACUGUAAUGAGUUACACUACUUUUGCGUUACUUUUGAGUUACUUUCUUCAAAAUAACAGAAGUAUGACGUGGCAUUAUAAAAUGUUAAAAUGUAGUUUAUCGAUGCUUAUAAAUCUUGAAGUUAU